AUGUACAAACACGAACACGAUCCAAUCUGGAGGCAAACAGCUUUGGGUUGCUAUGUUUUGGACAUUUUGAAAGAUAUGCUUCAAUUUAAGUUCGGCUUUCUGCUUCGCUACAAGAGAACUGAGCUCAAGACAUUCUUCACGUUACCCUUUUCAACUCUAGUUUGGACUUGUCUAAUUUGGACCCUAUUUCUGAGCGCAUCAGUUUUUUACUUGCUAAGCUAUUGGGAGAAACGGCUUCUUGGUGGAGAACGUUGUCUUCAACAACGUACAUUGUAUUUUAAAAGCUAUUGGAUAAAUUUGGACGAAAUUUUCUUUUCAGUUCUGCCUCUACAGGCAAAUCUUUCGUCGCGUCGCAUAGCGUAUGUAAUUUUCAUUUUGAGUGCAUACGUCAUACAUUGUUUUUAUACAUCGACCCUGCUCUCUCAUUUAGUGAACGAUAAGGACAAAGGAUUGAAUUUAGAGGACUUAGCAAAUACCGAUUAUGAGUUUGUGAUUAUUAAGGAUAUGAAUCUGAUAACCGAAAAACAUAUUCAAAAAGUGUCCCGAGACAAAUAUCUCAGAAUUGUGGAGGAAAAAAUAUAUAAAUCUAAAGUAAUGGAUGUCUACUCCGCCCUUGAAGCAGUGAGGGACACAAAAACUGCCGUACUCACAGAUUAUGUUACACUUUAUCCCGUCAUUAAGAGAUUAUUCGAUAAUCAAGCACAAUGCGAACUAAUAGAAGUCAACCUGUAUUCGAAAGUGAAGAAAUAUAUGUUUACGUCAAAAACAUUCCCGUUAACAGAGCAAUUCAAAGUCGUAACUCUGCGCCUUAAAGAAGCCGGUCUCCUCACAAGGUUCUUACAAUGCGAUCGCUUGACUAUAUCAUGCAAUGAUAUAAUCAAACUCUAG